AUGGACAUCUCCACGGCCCUGCUCCUCCUCUCCUUAGUCACCGCCUACCUCCUCUGGUUCACCUUCAUCUCCCGCUCCCUCCGCGGCCCGCGCGUCUGGCCGCUCCUCGGCAGCCUCCCGGGGCUCAUCGAGAACUGCGAGCGCCUCCACGACUGGAUCUCCGACAACCUCCGCGCCUGCGGCGGCACAUACCAGACCUGCAUCUGCGCGGUUCCUUUCCUCGCCAAGAAGCAAGGGCUCGUGACCGUCACGUGCGACCCCAAGAACGUCGAGCACAUCUUGAAAACCCGCUUCGACAAUUAUCCCAAGGGCCCCACCUGGCAGGCCGUCUUCCACGAGCUCCUCGGCGAAGGGAUCUUCAACUCCGACGGCGACACGUGGCGGUUCCAGCGCAAGACCGCCGCGCUCGAAUUCACCACCCGGACGCUCCGCCAGGCCAUGGCUCGCUGGGUGAGCCGUGCCAUCAAGCUCAGGUUCUGCCCCAUCCUCGAGUCGGCGCAGGUCAGCGGCGAGCCGGUUGACCUCCAGGACUUGCUGCUUCGGCUCACUUUCGACAACAUCUGCGGCUUGGCUUUCGGGAAGGACCCGCAGACCUGCGCGCCGGGCCUCCCCGAAAACGGCUUCGCCUCGGCUUUCGACCGAGCCACGGAAGCCUCCCUCCAGCGCUUCAUUCUCCCCGAGGUGAUCUGGAAGGUCAAGAAGUGGCUCCGCCUCGGGAUGGAAGUCAGCUUGAGCCGAAGCAUAUCUCAGCUCGACCAGUACCUGACCGACGUCAUCAACCGGCGCAAGGACGAGCUGAUGACUCAGCAGCAGAAUACCGACAAAAGAAUCACCCUCCUCCACGACGACCUUCUCUCCAGGUUCAUGAAAAAGAAGGAGUCCUACUCGGACUCCUUCCUCCAGCACGUGGCGCUGAACUUCAUCCUAGCUGGACGCGACACGUCAUCCGUCGCGCUGAGCUGGUUCUUCUGGCUAGUCAUCCAGAACCCGUCGGUCGAGGAGAAGAUCCUCCGCGAGCUCUGCUCCGUCCUCGAGGAGACACGUGGCGCUGACGUGUCGAAGUGGCUGGGCGAACCGCUGGAGUUCGAAGAGGUUGACCGCUUAGUCUACCUGAAAGCGGCGCUGUCGGAGACGCUGCGGCUCUACCCGUCGGUGCCGCAGGACUCGAAGCACGUCGUCGCCGACGACGUGCUUCCCGACGGGACCUUCGUCCCCGCGGGGUCGUCGGUGACGUACUCGAUCUACGCCGCCGGGAGGAUGCGGUCAACGUGGGGGGACGACUGCAUGGAGUACCGGCCGGAACGGUGGCUGUCGCCGGACGGCGGGAGCUUCGUGGCGCACGACGCGUACAGGUUCGUGGCGUUCAAUGCGGGACCCAGGAUAUGCCUGGGGAAGGAUCUGGCUUACCUGCAGAUGAAGUCGGUGGCGGCGGCGGUCCUGCUCCGGCACCGGCUGACGGUGGCGGAGGGGCACAAGGUGGAGCAGAAGAUGUCGCUGACGCUGUUCAUGAAGCACGGGCUGAAGGUGAAUGUGGCGGAGAGGGACCUUGAAGAGACGGCCGCGAGGAUGAGGGCGGCGGCGGCGGCCGGCAGCGGUGCUGUUCGUAAUAAUAAGAAUAACGAUAAAGGACCGAAUUGCAAUAAUCAGAAAGUUGAGGAGCAUCAGCAGGCAACGGUGACGGCGACGGCCGUGAGAUGUAACGGUACGUGUGAGAGUGGGAGUGCAACUGAUCAUCAGAGGAAGGCGAUGGUAGUUGGGGUGGUUUAA